GGCAUGCAGAAGAGAUACGUACAAUUUAUUUCUGUGGAAUUUCGUGGGAAUUCUGAGACUCUACAAUGUCUAGGUUUUCUAGUUUGACAAAGUGGAGGUUUCCAAUUGUUUUUGGAAGUGUUCUUGCUGGAUUUACAACGGCUUUCGUGUUCAGACAGAAGUUCAUGCCAGAUACUGAGGAGCUUCACCGUAAACACAAACAGGAAGACCAUGAGAGCUUUGGCGAGAUGAUGGCUCACAAGAACCGCGUCAACGAGCAGAGGGCUCACAUCAUCGAAGAGAAGAGGAAAUCCAAGGAUGACGUCAAACCGUAGUGAAACCACAGACUGAAAUCUUCAAGAUGGGUCUCUGAUUGAUUGGACUUCAUCAGCUGUAAAUUGCUUUUAAAAGAUAGAUAUUUGCUGGAACGCUGAGCAUGCAUGAUUGCUGUAUAGUAUUGAACUUUUGACAACCUACAAAUGAAGGGAUGUUUUUGAAGUGAAAACGCUGAUUAUGUGAUUACGCCCAGAUUGUAGAUGGAUGUGAUUAUGCCCAGAUUGUAUUGAUUACGCCCAGAUUGUAUUGAUUACGCCCAGAUUGUAUUGAUUACACCCAGAUUGUACGUAGCUGAUGUGAUUACGACCAGAUUGUAGAGCUCUGCAUGUGAUUACGCCCAGAUUAUAGUGAUUACGCCCAGAUUGUAGCUGCAUGUGAUUAUGCCCAGAUUGUAGAGCUCUGCAUGUGAUUACGCCCAGAUUAUAGUGAUUACGCCCAGACUUUAGCUGCGUGACCCAAAGUAACAGCUUCAUCAAACUAGAAGCUAUAGAAGUCCAAAAGGCAUAAACCUGAUUUGCCUCACAGCUUAAUAGAAGCAAAGGUUUCUCAGACUGUUUUGACUUGAAGGGAGUGAACUUCGUUUGGAAGUGAAAACUCUGUUUAUGUGAUUAUGUCCAGAUUGUAGACUGCAUGACCAAUAGUAGCAUCAGCAUCAUCAAACUACAUGUAGAAGCUAUAGGAAAAAAAAAAAGGCAUCCACCUGGUUUGUCUUAUUGCUUAAUUUACAUUGAAGCGAAAGGACGCUUUCUCAGACUCUUUUUUACAUUGAAGGGGAGGUACAGUUUACGUACGAUUCUCAGUCUGUUUUGACCUGAAGGGAGUGAUCUUUGUUGCGUUUUGAAGUUACCGUCAUGACAGAGGUGCCUCAAGGGGAAUGUGCCCAGGGAGACAGAAUCACAUCCAGGGGACAUCCACAGCACAAUUCAUCAACUCAAAAGCACUCAGAGUCUCUAUUAACAGAUGGGGUACCCUCUCUGCAUGAGGAGACUGCUCAGAGUAGGUGCAGCGAAUCUGGAGAGGCAAGCUCUGGAGGCACCUCCGAAGAGGUGGGAAAUGGUUCUAAGAGGUCCAAGACAUCGGCGGCGACACGAAGAGGCAAGCUAUCUUUACGCCAGGCCAAAUCAGCGAGUCGCCAGGCCAAAUCAAAGGCACCAAGGGAGGUGAUCAAAGCUAUUUUAGGAGAGACCACUUUGAACCAGAGCAGCGACUUCAAGGAGCCUGUUGUACGAGGGUCGAUCAAUGCAUCGAAAGGCAAACGAAGGAUUGGGAGUGCCCUCAGCAGACCUAAACAAAACAGACCCUCAAAAGCCACAGCUCUGUCCGAGUUGAGCAGUAGUACUGACGCUUGUCAGGGCGUCAAAAAAAGUGUUGAGAGACCGAAAAAGACUGGCGAACCAGAAACUAGAAAAGCUGGACACACUGCGGCCAAUGUCUCGACACCAAAAGAUUCAACCAUCAAAGGAUGCUCAGUUUAUGUGUCAAUGUUGAGUACAGAGUCUUUUCCCCGAGAGUCAAAGAAUCUUGACUUGAAGAACGAGGUGACUUUACUAGAGGUCCAGUCCACCACACAGCCAUCCUUGAUCUCGACGCAUUCAGCACAAGUCCUCAACAAUGACGACCCGUGCCAUCUUGGGUCAUCCUCUGAACGAAAGAGCACUGAUUCUAAAAUCAGACCCUUGUGCCCAGAUGAAGGGACUACACAGAAGCACUGUCCACUUUGUGGAGAAACGUUCACAGCAGAAAGUCUAAGGAAACACACUCAGAAGUGUCUACACCAACGAUUUGCAGCAAAGACAUGUGAAAGCAUGGGUUACUCUGACGAUACCAGCGGCGAUGAGGAGCUCGCUCGACGUCUUCAGAAGCGUGAAGAUGAGAAGAGACAAGAGGAGUUGCUGACUGAGACUGAGACGUACUUCUGUCAUGUCUGCCAACGGGAACUCACACACAUGAACUCAACAAGAAGGGGGCAGCAUAUCAACAGGUGCAUCGAUAAUCUAGAGAAAAUUGAGCCUCCAGAUGUGAUCGACAACAGUAGACCACAACCAGCCUCAAGGAAUAUCCCAGACUGUCCCAUCUGUGGAAAACAUUUCAAAGCUAAGAAGACGAGGGAAUCUCAUCUCAAGAAGUGUGCCAGAGAGAACAGCGUAAAGCCCAUGCAGCUGAUUGCCUUAGUGAGGAUUCAGGAAGGGGCAUUUGAACUACACCCAGCCCAGGGUACAGGUGCAAUAGCACCCUCGGUUUCUGCUGGGACUGGGGUGUCACAGGGUACAACGGUUGGAACAGGGGUAUCACUGGGUACAAUGGUUGGAUCCCUGGGCUCUUCGGGCAGGGGUGUCGCAACAGGCGUGGCCACAACAAACACUGGGCGUGUUGGCAUUUUGGGAGUGCCUGGAACAGGGGUGCCACUGGGUACCACAGUUGGAACAGAGGGCAUAGCACUGGGCUCUUCUGGCCGGGGCGUCACAACAGGCGUGGCCACCACACACAGUGGGCGUGUCGGUGUUUUGGGAGUGCCUGUUGCUGCUACUACAACGCUUGGUGAGAGCAAUUUCACAUCGAUGACUAACACAAGGACAGACGGCAUAGCGGGGACCACAUUGGAUACUGCUGGUGGCAAGCAGAGCACAGGUGUGUUGGAAGCUGCCACAGGGGAUCGGCUUUUGUCUACUAGACCCUCUGGAUCCAGAAGGGGUAGGCCUGCUGCCAGAGGGAGGAAUGCCACAAGAGGGAAGUGCAAGAGGAAACAUCAGACCGUAACUGAGGCAGUGCCACUGGAUGAAGAAACCCGGGUAGCCCUAGCAUUAUCCGCCUCGCUCAUUCAGCAACCUGACUCUCUUGGGUCAAUAGAGGGCGCUGAUGGACAGAUAACGUCAGAGCCGGCUAAACCUCCUGGGAAGCGUGGACGCAAGAAGAGGACCACAAAGAAAGAAACAGUCAAGGAAGUCCCCAUGCUUAUUCAGAGAACAGAGGACGAACGUAAACGAGUUUUAGGAGAAAGAAUGGCAGAUAUAAUUCUACCGAAGGGUAAUCGUAGUGUACAGAAAACACCGAUAAUGAAACAGAGCAAGGUCGCCGGGAAACACAAACUGUCACCAUGGAUAUGGAACACAAGGAAGCGAGCAGUUGCCAGGCGAGCACAUCAAACGAGCGGCACUAAGCGCGCUAAUUUGACGCAGGAGUCGGCCUUGAUUGAUGAGCAGAGACAUGGACCUUUGCUCCUGUGGAGUCUAGCGUCAGCCUCUGAUCCGUGUAGCCAGACUCCUUUCUACGUUCCUCAAUUAUUGCCAGUGGUCACCCCUCAGAAGAGAAGGACAUCACAACGAGGGAAAGACAUGAAUAGAAGAGGCUCAUUGCCUAGGAUGCCAAGUCCUGUACAGUCCAGUCAACAGAAAUCUGUCAUUUGUGAGGCCACAUCACCACCAUUGAGUUCCCCUCUCAGUCAGGGCGCUUCAGCCACACAGUCCUUUGGUGGAAGCACCUGUAGGUUGUUGGCUGAGCUGGCUGCAGAGAGUGCAGACUGUCCCUACACACAGCACAGUCAGACCAGUCUCAUCACGGCAAGUGGGUUCAUUCCAACCGAUGGUGACGAUGAGGAGGAGAGACAAGAUGGAGAACGAGACAAGAAGGAAGAUGAAGAUGAGGUGGAUGAACAGAGGACAGAUGGGCAUACUGUGACCGAACAUGAGCACAGUGUUCUUUGCAACCUCUCGGAGAUGGUCAACAACAGGAGUUUAAGCGAUUUACAAUUGUUAACAUCCGAUGGUUCCACAAUCAAUGCACAUCAGUUCCUGAUCAAGCUCAGAUGUCCCCUCUUGGCAAAGCUAGUUGAAGAAACUCUGCCAUGCAGUGACAGCAAUCAAGUAAAGACAGUUGACUUGCAGGAUUAUAGAUGCACUGCCAUUCUCUCCAUUCUGGAUUUCAUCUACGCUGGCAAACUGACUGUAACCAGCACAGACGCCAAGCAGGUGGAACUAUUUGCUAAGAGAUUUUCCUUACCGGCAUUGCAUGAUUAUUGCGCUACUCUAUCCAGUGAUAUCGUCCACCCCUCCCUGGCAUCAAAGUCCGUUGAACCAACACAAGCAAAAGAAAUGUUCCCCGAGGAACAACAGGAGAAGACAUCAGGACAGGACAGCGACACCUUCGUUGAGAAAGGCCUGGAUGAGCUCAUACAGAGCUUAUGGGAUAGUGAUAGCAACCAGGACAGUGACAGAAGUCACAGCUUUGACAAUGACGACGUCAGUGACCAGGAGGUUGAGGAGUUGAAGGCAUCCUCACAGCCAAGGCGGAGGAUUUCUCAUCAGGCCACCGACACGGAGAACGACACAGAAGAUAAAGAAGAAGCCCCAGAUGAGCAGGAGCUGGAGGAGAUCUACGAGUUCUUCAGCACCCAGAGGCAGAAGAAUACCCAAAGAACUGAAAACCUUUCAGGCGUGACGGAACUGUCCAUGAGUGAUGGAAGUAGUGACGAGUAUGAGAACGUCAUUGCUGUGGAGGACAACUCUCAUAAUGUCAGCACAGACUGCAGGAGACUGUCCCUUAGUAUUAUUGAUCAGCUUCAAAGGAGCUGCUCGCCACAAAAUCAGAAGUCCAACACCUCGUUAGAUCAAGUCUCAAUUGAUCUUACUGCAUCACCGAACAGCAGCUGCAUCGCCCCAAAGCGGAGAAAGAGUCAAGACACCUUAGAGCCAUUGCCUUGUUUUGUACGCAUGGAAAAGCUUUCCAGUGAUAUGACUGUAUCCCCAAUGAAAGAGAAUCAAGUCGCUCUAAAAGUCAGCUCCUGUCUGGAGAGUCAGAAGAACUUAAAAUGUGGCGGAGGGGAGAGUAGGUUCGGGGAACAUGGCGAGAAGAUUGUGAAACAGGGAGAACAGGCGAAUUGCAGGAGAGAACCUUUAGGCGAAGACUGCAGCUUCAGGAAAGAUACAGAUGCCACACUUGCUGAUGUUAGGGAUAGCAUCUUUUAUUCGGAUGAUGACAAAGAAGUAGAAGCAAUGGACACCAGCCAGUCCUCACCGGAUGAUAGUCGACAAAGAAGCAGGAGUCCGAGUCCAAGGAAUGAUGGGAAACAGAUCAAAAACCAACCUUGCGAUGAGGAUUCAUUUUUGAGGAAUCAACCUUUCAUAAGGGAAAGCCAACUAGCCAAGGAAACAAAGUUCAAGACUGGAGCUUCCGAUUUGAUGAGUUCAACUCUCGGCCCAUGGAAGCCUGACGCCAUGCCAGCAGUUAAAACCAGUAGUCCGUCAAAGUCCAAACCAAGAACAUGCGUGUUUUCAGCGUCUAGUCAAUCCAGCAUGGACGAUGAAUCAGUCCUCCCCUUUGUUGAUGUCAGGAGCCAGCCAAGUCCUGGCAGACCCCUGACCUCAGAGAGUUGUUCAUGGAAGCCUGAGACCAGACUAGUAGAGAGAAUCCUUAGUCCCUCAAGGUCCAAACAAAGAACGUGUGGGAUGGCACCGUCGGCUUCUAGUCAAUCCAGUAUGGAGGACAAAUCAGUCCUGCCCUUUGUUGUUGUCAGGAGUCAGCCUAAUCCAGACAAACCCCAGACCUCGGAGUGUGUUUCUGCGGGGAAACCACUCUGCCAGAAACCUCUCUGCCAAGAGAAGGGGCUGGUUAGUGACUCCCGCAGUUCUAACGAUGGAGUCAUUGGAACUCAUGAGACGAGCAACAACGAUGUGAUUGAUCUGUCACGAAAUGAUGAUGAAGAUGAAGAUGCAACUGACAGGAAAGAAGAUAGCAGCGGAAACCCACCACAGGAUUCAGAUAAAGAUGAUUCCUGGAUUUUACCACAAACUCCUCCAUCGUUGACAUCCAAAAGUGCAGCAGUGUCGGUUUACCACAAGCCCCCACUCAAACAACAAGAUGCCGUCAAACCAGUAAGAGCAAGGAAAUUCAACUUCAAAAGGCGUGAAAAAACAAGUGAUGAUGAAUUGACUUCUGGAAGGACAGAAUCUAAACAAUGUCCUGAUCAAAUUACUGUGAAGCCGUUUUCAAGGGAUGGUUUCCUGUCUGUCACGGAAACACCAGCUGCCUUCAGGGCGGAUACAAGCAAGAUCAGGGAUUCAUCAACGCCCAUUUAUGAUCUCAAACAAGAAAGGGUUUCUCACAAGCAGGGUCAUGUCUUGCCAAGAUUAUCUCCUGUGGAGAUAGACACAGAUUCUGAUCAGAAGCAAGAUGAGAAGCUGCUGGGUUGUGUGAAGUCUCCAUUUAGGGUGGCGAUUUCACCAAGACGACACGUCAGACCGCUAGGAGGUCUGAACGAUGCCAGCCCAGAUCUAAGAACUCUCACAAAAGGCAUGAAAGAAGGUUCAAAGGAUGACCUCAUGGAGUUUGAAGGUUUAGAGCCAAAAACCUUAUCCCAAAUAUCAAAUACUUCAGUGACAUUCGGCAAAGAUCAUGGACUUGAUGAAAGGAGGCAAGUCUUGUCCGAUGUUUCCGUCACACCUAUAAGAUCGACACCAGACUGCUUUGAUGCUGAUACUCCUUUACUCAUUUGUUCCAUUCCAGCACCGGCUAUUUCACCCUCGCCUCCCCCAUCCCCAACCUUUGUAAAAGUCCACAGUGCAACGAGCCUGCGCGGAUCGCAGGAUAGCUUGGAUGAAACCAUUACAGAUGAGGGAAAUACAGACCAUGGAAGCUCUAGCUUGCGAUGUAAAAGGAAACUACAAGACUCUGACGAUCUUGAGGUACCGCCAAAGCGACCGAAAAGCCACACCUCUCAGUCAACCUCCUUCAUCGGAGCAAAUUGCGUCAGUCCCCUUUGCAUUUCUGAUGAGGAUGAAGAUGUUCUCAUCUCAACUGAAGAUGAAAGUAACAAGAACAUCUUGAACUCUAAAGACGGCAUGACAGCCUCUUCGCUAGAGGGCGACGCUCCUCCCUGGUCAAGCCAGCUCUGUGUUGGUCAAUCUCCUACAAGAGAGUCUCCCGAUUCGGUUACCGUUAUGGAAGCUGAUGAGGUCUUAAUCCUAUUGUCAGAUGAGUCAUCCAGAGACUCCUCAACACCUAGAAUUCAAAUCAAGGAGACACUUUCACCAGAGCACACCGUCUCCUUCGGAGCAGGAUAUCUACAAGUUUCCCCGAUAGGACCGGACAAGAUUUCCUCUUCCUCGGAAUCAUCACCCUCUAAAAAGGAGAUGCUAGAUAUUGAAUCUUCCCCCAAAUCUCAAUCGAGCGCAAACUCUCCCCCGCCGGAGAACGAUUACGAUUAUCAGUUUGCAUAUUUGGGCGAUGACGGAGGUGGAUAUAUGGAUAAUUUCAGCUUCUACGCAGAAAGAGAAGAGAUGCUAAGAGAUGAGAGUUCGGAGCAGGAGAUCAGGAGGCCACAAUGCGGCGGGGGUUUCAGUCCACUAAAAAAGAAACAACAACGUAUAACAAACAAUGAAAGAACCUCCAGGCAUUCCUCAUCAGGGGGUAACCACGGCAACAUGAGUAUCCGAAGCUUCCCGAGUUCGGACGAGGAGAGGUCUCCGCUGCGACCCUCGGGGAGUGCAUCUCAUCACCGAGGCGCAGCAUCUCAAGACGUCUUGUCAGAGUCUGUAUUACUGAGGGAUGAGGCCCAAGAGUUUGGGUGCAGCGAGAGUUUCUUGCAGGAGCUGAAGGCGGGGCACAUCGACGAGGAAGCUGCGUGGGGCGGGGUCAGAGUGACCGGGCAUGGUCCCAGUGAACAACAUCCAAAAAAAGCUGUUUCCGAUGUCGGCAAACCAGUCCUUCAGACGCCAGUGGUCUGUAGGAAGCAACCGCUGGGUAAAGAGACCAUAGAUGAGCUGUACUACCCACCAGCACCAAUCACUCCUAUGCCACCCUUCGAUGACAUGAACACACCACUCCUCAAGAAUGAACUCAAGAGGUUCGGGGUGAAGCCUCUACCGAAGAAGAAAGCUCGUCUGAAACUGAAAGAGAUGUACAACCACACACAUCAAGUGUUAGAAGAUGAUGAUUCAGACUCGGAUAAGUCGGGUCCCAUCACCUUUAAGCUGCCAUCCGCUUCCACCAUACUGACGUCAACAACAUCUCAGAAGCCUACAUCAAAGAAGGCUGCUCCUCCCACCACCAAGACUGCCCCUCCCAUCAAGCCUGCCCCUCCCAUCAAGACUGCCCCUCCCACCAAGGCUGCUCCUCCCAACAAGGCUGCUCAGCAGAGAGGCAAGAAAGCGCCGGCCAAGAGGAAAGGUCAAGAUGCGGAGGACGCUGUGAGGAAUCCUGAGUCCGAGACGGAGGAAGAUGAUCCAUUUACAGAGGAAAACGAAUAUAGUGGAUCAAGUCAGAAUGAUAACGAUUGGGAUGGUGAAGAUGACACUGAUGAAGAUGAGGACGACUUCCCGGAACCUUCCCAGACGACUUCGGCUAACAUUCAAGAAACUAUCAGAGUAUUCAUCAGAACCAAUCCAAGCUGGUAUGGAAAGAUCUUGCUGUACGAGCCCUUGGACAUAGAUGCUUUCCAAGCAGCACUUAAAAGCAGCGGUAUACGCUACUCCAUGAAUAAUCUCAAAGAAUUUCUGGAUAAUCAAAGUAUAACGUACCGAAGUUUCAAGAAAACGACCAACAGACACGUUAGAAAACAAACAAACCCAAAGAGGCUCAAUUUCAAAGGCAGAAGCUCACACCAAGCUGUCCGUCCAACCAGCUGA